AUGAAAUUGAUAGCAAAUAUAAUUUUCCAGGUUCAAUUAAUCGCAAUAUUCUUUAGUUCUUUUGUAUAUGCAAAAGAAAACAAAGAUGAGGAAUUAUACCAGAUUUAUACCAAUUCGUCAUUAUUAUGGGCUCCUUAUAGAUCAAAUUGUUAUUUUGGCUUGAGACCACGUUACAUAAAUGACUCUCCGUUAAUCAUGGGUAUCAUGUGGUUCGAUAGCUCAAACCAAAACGGUUUAGCUCAAAUGAGACAUUUUGUUAACUUGGAAGAUAAACUGAAAAGAUAUUCAUGGGAAGUUUAUGAUCCAAGAUAUGGUGGAAAAGAGAAUAUUAUAGAUGAAGCUAAUAACUUGAAUAUUACAUACAGUUUUGUGAAAACCAAUGAUGGUCAAAAUUGGUCAGUUAGAGUAAACGGUCAAGCUUUGAACCCUAAGAAAAAAACAUCCGGGUCUAUUGUGGUAUAUUUAAGUCAAAAUGGUGAAGACAAGACAUCAAAUAUUAUAAAAAUUGAUGGUCCUGAUCCUAACAACCUACAUUUUGUUGGGUUAUCAAAAGAGUUAGGUGACUAUCAUAUAUCUGUCACUGACAAUUAUGGUAAAUAUUUUAAGGCUGUUAAAAGGACUCCCUUUGAAACUGCACCGGAUGCUGAUAGUUCUCAAACAAGUCAUUUAGCUAUGGUUGUCCCUGAUAAGCAAAUCUGGAAAGCUCGCGAUAUCUUCCAAACUUUAAUAACGGAAUCUAUAAAUCAAAUUACAAGCUCUACUUCGACUGAUAUCCAUCCAUCUUUAAUUCCAAGUAUAUUCACGUUAAGAAAUAUAUUUAAUUUUAAUGGUGGCAAUUUCCAUUAUAUUCAAAAAUCAUUUGAUAUGAAGAAAGACUUUGAAUUUGAUAUCAUUUACAAUCAUGAAAAAUCACUUGAAAAAAUAAACUCAGAGAACGAUGUCACUCAAUUAAUUCAAAGUGCUAUUAACAAAAUUAAUAUAAAGUUCAACAAAAAAUUCAAGUUCGAUUAUAAGUUCGAAGAUAAGAAGUCGUUUGCAUUAGAAACUUUAUCUAAUUUAUUAGGUGGUAUUGGAUAUUUCCACGGUACCCAAUAUGUUGAUCGUAUUACUGAAUUAAAUGAAGAUACCUUUGAAAAAGUUGAUUUGAAGAAUUUUGCUGAGGAAGCUCCUCUAGAAUUGUUUUCAACUGUGCCAAGUCGUGGAUUUUUUCCUCGUGGGUUUUAUUGGGACGAAGGUUUUAAUUUACUACAAGUUAUGGAAUAUGAUUUUGGUUUAGCUUUUGAAUUACUGUCAAGUUGGAUUAACAUUAUAGAAGAGGAGACUGGUUGGGUUCCCAGAGAAGUCAUCUUGGGAGAUGAAGCAAGAAGUAAAGUUCCUGACGAAUUCAUCGUUCAGACACCACGUAUUGCUAACCCCCCAACAUUAUUUGUCACUUUGAGCGAAAUGUUGAUUAAAGCAUAUGAGAUUCACGAGUCUUCCAAGUCUAAUUCUAAUUUUGGUGUCGCAGGAGAGGAAAAUAAUUUACUGGAAGAAAAUUAUGAAAUUCUUGCAGCACGUAUUAAAUCAUUAUAUCCAAAAUUAGUUAAGCAUUACGAUUGGUUUAGAAGUAGUCAAAAAGUGUUAACAGAUGAUUACGAAGAAAUUUUUGAUGAUGAAGGCAUCCUUGAUAAUAUCCAUCUAGACGAGUUGUAUAGAUGGUCUGGUAGAACAAGAAAACAUUGUUUACCAAGUGGUUUAGAUGACUAUCCAAGAGCACAACCGCCUGACUUGUCCGAAUUGAACGUUGAUACUUUAGCCUGGGUUGGCAUAAUGACCAAAUCUCUAAAAAAAAUAGCAAGCAUCCUUGAACUAAAAGAUGAAGCUAAAUAUGAAAAGAUUGAGAGGAAUAUAAUUGAAAAUCUUGACACAGUACAUUGGAGCGAAGAGAACAACUGCUAUUGUGAUGUAAGCAUAGACGAAUUUGAUGAAGGGCGUGUCCAUGUUUGUCACAAAGGUUAUAUAUCAUUGUUACCAUUUGCAUUAAAAUUGAUUCCUGAGAAUUCCGAUAAACUAGAAAAAAUUGUUUCGUUAAUGGAAGACAAAGAAGAACUUUAUAGUGAAUUUGGUUUACGCUCCCUUUCAAAACAAGACCAAUAUUACCGUACGGAGGAAGACUACUGGAGAGGGAAAAUUUGGAUGCCAAUGAAUUACAUAAACUUGGAUGCAUUGAGACAUUAUUUCCCAGAUAGAAUUACAGAGAACAAGAAGAAUUCAAAGGAUUCUAUCAAUAAAUUAUAUCAUAAUUUGAAGAACAAUCUGAUUAAUAAUAUUUUUAAAGUUUGGAAAAAGCAAGGUUUUGUUUAUGAAAACUACGAUCCAGAAACUGGAGCUGGUAGCGGAGCUGAACAAUUUACUGGUUGGACUGCAUUGAUUGUUAAUAUAAUGGGCCAUUUUUAA